UUGUACCGGCUCUUCGCAGGUGUGUACACAGACUGUAUUUAUAAUCCCUAUAAGUUUUAUUACUAGAACGUUCAAAACCUACUCUAAUAUGAGGUUCUCAUUUCAGACCAUGUUCGUCGAAUCUGAUACACGCCCUAUACUCUCUGCCGUGACUGGGUUGCCGGUCGACUGUCGUCGUCGUCAGCAUCAUCAUCACUGCCAUCAAUAUUAUUUCUAUUAAUACGAUGUCAUGAUUGUCCUCCUCGACUAAGUCAGCGCAUCGCAUGCGGCGAUAAUCGAUCUUCUUUUUAUCUGAUUGUUGAUCAGUAAUGAAGCUCAUAGUCAACCUACUUCUGUUGAGCUUCUUCUACGAUCACGUGCUAUCUUGUGUUCUUUUUCUUUACGAACACUGGUUCCUACACUACAUAGUAUAAUACACUGUGAUGUGAAUGGACGGACUGCGAUGAAUGCCUGUGACAAACGACAAAGCUGUGUAACUGUUCGCAAUCGUUCCAAUGCUGCGAUCAGACGUGGCACCUGAUCAAAAAUAUAACAGAUAGCUUACGAGUGCUUCCUGCUCUGGAGUCCUUGAAUGACAAUAAAGCGGAUAAACGAAGUGCAUGAGGAAUGACAGACUAUAGGAAAGUGAUCGAAAACGAGAACGCGACUAGAAAAGUCUGAAGAAAGAAAAAGCGGAUAAUGGGGCUAAAUCUAGCACCGGUGGUGACUUCAACUGUGAAGGAGGAGCUGAUAGCUUCAAAUCGCUCAGCCGGCCCACUUGCACCCUUCGACCUUAGUUCACCGGUAUUAUCGAGCAAUGGAAUCUUAACCGACCGAGCUACUGGAAUGCAUUGCUGCGAGUUCUGCGGUUAUAUGUCAUCGAACCGUGGUAAUGUCACUUACCACAUUCGCUCGAAACACACAGGCGAACGGCCAUUUGGCUGCCCAUUCUGCGACUACAGGUCCUCGAGAAAAACUACCCUCCGGCUGCACAUGAACCGCCAUCGACCUUUCAGUGAUGUCCGCAACUGUCGAUCGCCUUCAAGUGGAGGCAGGAGCUCAACUCCCAGUGCUGCGCCAUCGAUUUCACCUGUUUCUGCUAUAUCGCCUGGCCCAGCGCCAGCUACGUCGCAAGCGUCUUCAGUUUCAAAAAUAUCUACUGUUUCUCCGGUGAGCCCAAUCUCUUCCAUGUCGUCUGUGACACCUCGUACAGCGCUAACGGCAGGAAUCCCCUAUGGAGCUAUGGAGCUCAUCAUGGGAACCAAUAUCGACCUUAUUAGCGGUCAAACCAGGUAGACGAUACGAGUGGCUACGAGUGGAAAUAGUCAUUGGUACAUAGGUUCGGUUCGCACGCCCAGACAACGACGAUGCAUCUUUCCUGUGAGGAUCCUAUCAAUAAGACGAGAGUAGCAGCUCCUCGCACUGUGUGGCAUAACAAUCCAAAAUGAAGGACAAAAGGAAAAACAUUUUACUCAGUGCUUACUAUUCCCUUGCGAUCCAAUGUGCUGACCGCAAGCUCCAUCCAGUCAGUAAACGAUGUCAAAAACAGGGGGUUACCCGCCUGAACAUUUUCUGCCCAGGGGUAACUUGCGCAGCAGCAAUUCACAAUGGUGCUACAUACAUAUAUGUGAAGAUGCUGAAUGAAGACAAACCAUGGUGCCUACUAAGAAUGUAUGAAGAUAUAUACAUAUAUAUAUAUACAUAUACAUACCUAAACACAUACAAUGUAUUUCAAAAAAAAAAAGGUUUGAGGAAAAAUAUGCUGCGAUUUGGAGCUUACACCAGUCCUCCAACUUUCUCUAUAUAAUUACCACCGAGAGAGAAGUCAUCCCGAAAAACGCUGUCCUAGACUGUUACACUAGUCGAACACUGCAUUUUUCCAUUGUCUAUUGGAAUAUUUUGGGAUUCAUAUAUUGUGAUUAUAUGUAUCUAUCUGUAUAUUACUUUAACAGUAACAAAACGUUAACAGAUGAACUUUCUAAAAUGUCGUGCUUACGCGGACAUGCAGAGAGCUCCUAUUAAGGACCGUAUUUACAUACGAACAAUCAUAGAAGCAGUACUACUCGAUAUUUAGUUAGCCACAGAUAAAAAUUAAGUACACAAUUAUCGAUUUUUAAAAAAUUCGUCUAGGACAGCCAUACCGGUGCUUUCCAUCUGUUUGCCUUGUUUUUUGUAAAGAUGUAAAACGGAAAAUCUACACAAAGCCCUAUAAAGAAGAAAAGGGGAAAAUAUCGAGUGCCUUUUUACAAAUGCAAUAUCCUCUAUACGAUAUUGCCGACUACUGUCGUGACGUCAUUAACAUUUUUCUUAACAAGCGACGUACAAUGAAUGUAGGUUUUUUUCUAUUCUGAUAUAGACAUAUGUAUGCAAAGAGGAUAAAAUCACAUAACAAAGAGAAAACAUCAAGAAAU